CUCUCGCUCUUGCCCGUGUAUGUCGGCAUUUUGUCUUCCGCUUGGCAUUGCACAAAUCGCAAAAUCUGCGGCGACAAAACAGUAAUCCAAAAACAGACACCCAUUUUCCCCAACUUGGUUGGCACGCCGAUAUUUUUCUGACGAGGAUUAAAUUUCACGUGAAAUUUCGUGAUUUUCCGGAUUUUCUUUUAAGAUCGAGCCGCAGCUAUGGAAGACGACACAAUCCGGAUUACGCAUUUCAUUAAUCCGCACAUGUUCUGGUACAAACCGGUUUCGGCUUAUGUCCACAACUUGGAGGAGAAGCGGUUCCAACUUGAGAUAGACGAGUACUGCGAGGAAAACUUCCGGCAAGUGAACGAGGAUCGUGUGUGUGAAUCCUUCCCAGGAGAGACUGUCGCUGUGCUGGACUUUGACCGAAAUAAAUGGUGUCGGUGUGUGGUAGACGGAGUUGUCGAAGAUAACAGCGGGGAUAAGCGCUAUAAUUUGUGGGCAAUCGAUGAUGGAGUACCGAUCCAAUCGUCCUCUCGGUAUGUGAAUCCUCUGCCGGAAAAAUUCUCCAGAACUUCCACCAGCAAAGUUCGGCGGGGAGCUAUUAAAAAUAUUCUUCCUUCGGAACAGGUCUACGAUUUCCAGGCGGACAGGCUUGUGCCAAAGAUAACUUCUCGCUGGGAUCCGAGUGUAGCACCGGUGCUGCAGUCCAUAAUUCGUAACUCCGUACAAAUCAAAUUUCUGAACGUGACCAGACAUACGGUGCAUAAUAUAAUGGUCAAUUUUGGUGAACUGAGAUUGGUCACCAAUAAGAACAAUAGCUAUAAUGCAGCUCAAGUGUUGAAGGAACUGCGCAAGGCAUUUGAAGUUGAACCAAGUGACUUCAUCGCCAGGCUCGCGGAGAUCCAAACUAUGAAUGUUAGUCGAUGUCCAAUUAAUAACGCAAACGUAAAUACCGUUAAAGACAAUCACGCCAAACCAAUUGACAUAAGUCCGAUGAAGCCGCUGGGGCGAUCCAACCAAAAUGGUUAUACGAAGGUAUCGAAUGGAAUACCCGACCAUGAUCGGGAGCCAGAGGUCAAUGGCAUUGAAGAUGAUUAUGAUUUCGACGAAAGCGCUAGUAUGGUAAAGCCAUUCUACAAAGCUCAAGUGACGCCACGUAAGCCUACAGUGGAUCCGAUCUCAGAAGGCUCCAACUCUGGCGAAGAGGAGUAUCCACUAACGUCCCCAAUGAACCGUUUGGGGAUGAGACUGGAUUACGAGAAAGAACUUUGGAAGCAAAAUGUUCGUCCCGCCAGCAAACAAUCAAUCGCUACGAUAGAAAAAAUCCGAACUACUGCCAACUCUAACGGUAGUUAUUCAGUUGAACAUUCUAGCGGUUAUUCCGGUAAGAAAUCGAACGGCUAUUCCGGUGUGAAUACAAAUGAAUCAAUUCGCCAGUCGAGUGGAUAUUCGGGAAACGAUUUAAAGCAUGAAGAUCAACAGGAGAAACCAAAAUCGACCGUUUCGUUUCUUGCCAAGCUUGAGAUGCGCAAGAAGCAACGGGCAGCCGCAGCUGCAGCUGCUCAGAAGCAACCCAUAUCCGAGGAGGUUGAAAACAAACCUCGUUAUCCGGAAAUAAACAUCAUCCCUGCCGGGUAUCAAAUGGGUAACCUGAAAUUUGAAAAUGGUAAAGUGGUUGCCGGUACUACAGAAGAUCCGUCGGAAAGCAAACCAAACUCAUGGGGUUACUGUAAGCCGCGAAACCUGGGCAAUGAUCGUGGAAAACAGCAUCAACAGCCCCCGAGGCAGCAAAAACAGCAGCAGCAUAGUGACGAAUACGAUACGGACAACGGAAAAGUUUACGUCACCAAAAAUGGAAGUCGAUUUGAUCGCGUUAUUGAAGACGAAGCAUGCAUACGAUCGAAACUGAGCCACCAACGGCUGCUCGUGCAUGGAAACCGAAUUCCUAAACCGGUGGAAAACCUAGAAAGUGCCAACUUCUGCCCCGAGGUGCACCGGGAAUUGAGUAUGUUGAACUUCCGAUCGAUUCAUCGCAUCCAAACGUACUCGUGGCCUCACAUUCUUCGAGGAAACUCAUUUUUCUGCAUGAAUGCCGCAACCACGGGAAAAACGUUCGCCUAUUUACCGGCCAUCUGCUCAUCGGUUAUGAAAAUGACCGACGAAGAGCUAGUUGCGAAGGGUGCUGGGCCGCUAGCAAUUAUCAUAUGUAAAUCAUCCCGAGAAGUGCAACGCGUGGCAAGACAUUGCAGAAAGAUGCUGAAUAGCACAAUUAACCUUUCCAUGACAGUGGUGGAAGCUUUUGGAGCUAGAGAUAUUCCCAAGGCGUGUAACCUGUUAUUGAAUGGGUGUGCCAUUCUGGUUGCCACUGCCCCAGGUAUUCGUCGAGUCCAUGAAAACAUGCCCAAUGCGUUGGUAAAAGAACGCGUCCAAUCGGUCGUGAUUGACAACAUCGAUAACAUUAUCGAACGAUUUAGCAGCGAGUUGCAGUUGCUUUGUAAAAUUUGCGAUAAACCGGAAUUGCAGAUGGUGAUCACCACAACGUACUGGAGCUCACUGUUCUUUGGAUUCUUGAAAAGAUACAAGAAUAUGAUUAUGUGCAUUGGAGCAUACCUGGAAGCGGCAAUUUACGGAAGAUCAAAUUUGAUAAUGCAACUCAUUUCCAAGCUCACUAAAAUCGACGAGGUAUUGCACCUCGUACAGCAAAUUAAUUACCGAAACGAAAGGACUAUGAUUGUUUGCAGCGAGGCUGAAGAAGUUUUUGAUUUGGUAGAAAUGCUUAAAUCGCAAUCGAUUACCCACAUGUUUUGCAACGAUACAACCACACUGGCACACAUGGAUGGGUUCAAGGAAUGGGACAAUCAACUGGCUGGAGAGAUGCACUUGCUUGUUUGCUACGAUGGGGUCAUCCCGGAUUUGGAGGUCUGCAAAGCUCAACACAUAAUACACUUCUCGUUGCCCAACUCGUGGACAAUGUUCACCAGGCGGUUUGCUUGUUCGUUUGGUUACUAUCGCGACCCUUUCCGCGAUGAUGGCAAACAGUCGCACAAACCGGCAUCCUCUGUGAUACUGUUGGAUGAGAAUAAUAACGAGCAGUUACCUAAGCUGAUUGAGUUUCUUAAAAUCCAUAAUCAUGAAGUUGCAGAACCGAUCAUGAAAUUGGCAAAUAAUAUACGCAUCCAGCAAGAAGAACAAAAGCUCGUCGAAGGCAAUAACGUGGACUUCUGUCCGCAGGUGCUGGAAUUUGGAAAAUGUAGAGCCACUGGGUGUACGAAGCGGCAUCUUUUCACAACCAGAGACUUAUCGAUCGGGAGUGUGCCCUCCAGUGGUAUCAUCAAACUAAAGAUAUACAACAUGUUUUCCCCGACGCACUACACCGCCCGAGUUCUGGAGCAUCGCGAUUACGGUGCUAAGGGAUGGAAGCCGGUGAAUAACUCCCAAGACUACUUUGCCCUGGACCUUGCGAUGCAGCAGCAUUAUUCCAAUGAGGAGCGUCACUGCGACCAUGGUACCGUUCACUACAACGAUUGGUGUGCUAUUUUUGAUGAAUUCCGCUACUGGCGUUGCCGAAUUAUCAGCAUAGAGCAGAAAAAAGAAAUUUCAGUCACUCGAAAAGUCAAAGUCAAACUGCUUGACGUUGGUCGAACUAUCGAUUGUGUUUCAUCGGAGUUGCUACAUUUGCCGGAAGAAUUUCGUGAGUUGCCUCCGCAAGCGAUCGACAUUCGCAUAGUGGGCGUAGUUCCGCAUGAUUUCGAGCUGGAAUGGGACAAAGUAGUAACUUUGAACAUUCGCGAAUGGAUCCACCGGUACACCAACAAUGACAAAUUCCACGUGGAAGGCAAGGUUAUGCUGGCGAUAAAGGACACCAUUUGGGUGGACACCAUCCGGUUAGUGCAACAUCUGGAGGGUAUCAAUACGGAAGUAAUGGAAAUUCAUGUCAAGUCGGAGAUAGUCGGCAAAAAUUUCGGCGUGGCUGACAAAGAACCGCUGGAGAUGUUGUCUCAGAUGGUAGAGAAUUGUAACGCUUUCCGAGAGAAGGCGGACCAUCACGAUGACGUCGAAGAGGAUUUGCGAUCAAAUUUGCCAAGUGAUGCAGAAAAAUCAAAUCAUGAUUCUAACUCAGACAAUUUUUUUCGGGAGACCAAAACAAAUGUAGACGUUGAAAAAACGGUGAAACCUAAGAUUCUGAAACCCAUGGAGUUAAGUGACAGUGACUCAGACGAUUGCGAUUCUGAGAUUAGAGUAACCGCUGUAGAUAAAUCAUCAAUAACAAAAGACGAUAUAGUGGUUGCGCAACCAAUUGCUCAAAAAUUUAAUGAAAUAUACGAUGAAAUUGAAGAGGGUGCAACACAUGAAGUAUAUAUCUCCCAGUAUUACGCUCCCGAUGACUUUUACGUGUGCAAAGUAGAAAAAUUCGCUUUUAUUUCGUCGAUGAUCUGCAAUUUUACUGCAGAUGAAACAAACCUCGUUCCCCUUGAGAAGGUAGAGAUUGGAGACUACUGUUUGGCCUUGUACGACAGCAACUACCAGCGCGUCAAAGUUAUGCAGAUUGAAGGACGAGAUGUUCGGUUAUUUUUCUUGGACCUUGGCGGAUAUGAAACCUAUGGGCUGAUAGAUUUAUUCAAGCUUCCCGACGAUUUGCUUAAAGCGUCGCCAUUUUGUGCUAUAAAAGGUGAAGUUGCAUGUAUAAAACCACGCGAGAAUGAAGAGCAAGGUUGGGAUCCGGAAAUCGGCGAUAGAAUCUAUGACGAAGUCUUAUGUCAGUACAGAAGUUUCAACGUUAAAGUGAUCGAAACAAUCCCCGGUACACACGUUGAGUCGAUUGUUAAAUGUAAAUGUUACCGGUUGCUCCUAUUCAGCCCAGAGCACGAACUGGAAUCAUGGAUCUUCGACGAUAUCGUUGAAUUACGACUGGCUCGGUAUAUAGAAGAAGAAAGACCAUUUUCAAUCGACAUCAAUUUUGAAGACGACGUCGUACGACAUUUUCUGGAUCCCAAUUAUAAACAGAAAAGCACUUCUUCCGACGACGAAAAAGAACCUCGCAUUGUCGAAAUUGUGGAUUCUACAGAGGAAAGCUCUUCAGCAGAUAAAGAACCUAAAGCAAUCAAGCCACCAAACAAACUCGCUUUGCUCAAGAAACGAUUGCGGAGAAAGAAAUCCGUUACGAGCAUUGCUUACCCUCGCCUAAAAUGUGAUUACCGAAGUCCCAAAACGAUCUGGCGCCAAGAUGAGCAGAUGAUUGUGAUACGUGCAGUGGCGCCGGAAAACGUUCAGUACGAUCUGACGGUUGACUCGGAUUCGUUGAAGUUGUGCUACAUCGACGACGACGAAAAGUAUCUUCUGGCGAUCGUGUUUUUUGCCAAUGUCGAGCCCAGCUUAACUAUUCAUGAAAUUCGUGGGCUGUCGAUAGUGAUUCGUUUGGUAAAACUGGUACCGGGCAUGCAGUGGCCCUCACUAAUGAGAAAUGGCGAUAAGGUGCCCUGGUUGCAGCAUUGUAUUGAGGUAUCGAACUCGGAUGAAACGGACGGUACGGAUGGAAUGCGGAAUGCUUCACCAACCGUGCCCAAUUUGGAAUCGACGGACAGUUUAAGUGAUGAAACGGACUAUGAAGAUGAUUUCGAUCGGUUCGAUCCAAUGGCGGAUGACUAUUUUAUGAGAGACUAGGUCAAAUAAUUUUGAUCUGAUGUGACUUGUACGUUUAGCAUAGGCAAAUAGCAGUAACUAGAUAGCAAAGAAUCAAGCACCAGUUUUAAUGGUGGCCAAGAGUAUAAUCAUAUAGCUAUUAUAGAAUUCCAAUGACGAUGGAGUCAUUAAUGUUUUCAGACUUCCGACAGUAUGACACAGAUACAAUUAAAUUGCAUCAAGCGCCAAGCAAAGAUAACCAGUUUUUCAUAUCUACACCAAAGUGUGACAAUUUUAUCGUAUGUUAAUGAUUUUAUAAAAUACAUAGAUAUACAUCUUUAUACCUUGUUUAUGAACAAACGAAUCCGAUUCGUUCAAAUCGUUUCCCCAUUUAAUUUUGCCGUUGCACAUACUUUCGUUCGGAUGUGCAUUAGAACGUAAACAAGAUUUUUUUUCCAUGCAAGUGAACUUUUUGGCUGUGUAAUGGAUUUUGUCGCCGAUACAAAAGAUUCCUUUUCUCCGACACAAAAAAAAAUCAACCGUGCUUUUUGCUAACGAAUUACAUAUACCGACGAAUGGGAGACAAACAAAAACCAGAUUAAUCCACCUAGCAGUGAUAGUGCCAUUCUUGUGCAUUACGUAAUGUAUAAUGAGGAAAGCACAUUAAAGGGGUCGAAGUAGCGCUUAAUGUUUGAGGAAUUAGAAAACGUCUAAUUUUUCACUUCAGUUGAAUUCAAUUGUCUUGUCAAAACGUUGAACGUAUUUAAGUUUCUUUUAAUUCAGAUGGAUUGAAUCAUUUAGACGUUCAAUUCGCGUUAAUGUUAAGUAAGUUGCUCAAAUCAUAUGAACCGACGCUAAACUCCUCUGAACAUUUCUGACAAAUAAGCAAUAGUAAUUGUUGACUGUUUGAAUUCUCGAAAUCUCAUUUUUUUUUAAAUUGUCCCGUCUUUGCUGGGUUUCCUAUUCAUAUGGGACAAAUAUGCGAUUCACGGCAGUAUAGGAGGUUAGCGUUAGGUAUACAUAUUUCGCACAGGCUUCUUCCAUGUGAUCGUCAUUAAAAUUUGAACAACUAUGAUUAUUGUUAGAGGAUAAUAUUAUGUUAUUUUUAAUUAAUAUGUUGAAUUAAUAAAAAUUCCAAUUGAAUUAU